GUGCAAUUUAAUCUUGCCUUUUAGGGUACCAUUUCAAAGUAAAAUGGCUUCUCCUCCUAGACUUCCACCAUUGUCACUCCCAGAGGUUCUCAGCCCACAAAAUGAUGCAAGUGUCCCAGGGUCAGCCCAGUCAACACCCAACUCCCAGGAAAACUACGCCUCCCCAGCAUACCUGAACCAAGUCCUAAACAGUCCUGAGGGCAUCAACUGCUUCGGAAAUGAGAGGCUGAUGCUUCAAGAACAAGCAAGUUUCUGUAACAGUGACAGACUGAGCGAUAUAACGCUGGUUGUUGGAGGACGGAAGUUUUAUGCUCACAAACUCAUACUUGUAAGGGCAAGUGACGUUUUUGAAAGAAUGUUAACAGGGGACUGGUCAGAGACAGGAAAAAAAGAACUUGAGCUGAUCGAGGAGCAGAUGUGUGUAGGUGUAUUUCCUCGCUUCUUGAAGUUUCUCUACAGCUGUAACAUCAAGUUGAACCUGGAAAACUCCCUGCCUGUCCUGGUACUGGCUGACAAGUAUAACAUUUCAGACCUGCAGAAUGUCUGUAUCAGCUUUGCUUGUGCCCACAUUAUCCCAAAGCUUCAGCUGAAAGAUGUGUUUUAUGUGUGGUUCCAGUAUGCUACCAAAUGUUACCACAGAAGACUGGUACACUCAUGCAUUAAAGCAAUGGCAGAGAAAAUGGAUGAAAUAAUGGGGUCUAUUGAGUGGGAAAGAGAGUGGAUAAGUCUAGAGAAAGAUCAGCUGAUUGAGUUUUUGGACAGUUCUGAUCUCAAGGUCAAGGACGAAUUUGAACUUUGGAAUGCUGUGGUUAAAUGGUUAUCAGCUACAUCACCAUCUAAGAGAGUACAUCUGCUAGAAGAAAACCUGAAAGACAUCCUGCCAUACAUCCGGUUCCCCAUGAUGACUGCAGAACAAAUCCAUGAGGUGGAAAAUAGCGACGUUGCAAAGCUGUACCCAAAUCACUUGCACAAGUAUUUAAUGUUAGCAUACAAAUUUCAUGCGCUCCCUCUGUCUAUGAGAGGUUGUCUAAAGGAAUUUAAUGGCCAGAGUUUUCUUUUGCGUAACUAUAGCGACCUAAGAUGGGACUGUAGAUUUGUUGUCUCCAAUUAUUCAGCCUGUCUCAAGGGGGAAGAAAAGGGCAUCCGAUUUACCACAAGGUCAUUGUCUUACCCGUCCCAAACAUGGGAUUGGGAACUUAAGAUCUAUCCUAAAGGAAUCUCAACCACUUCGGAUGAUUUUCGUGUGGUCUUGUAUUCAAAUCUCAUCUUAGACCAGCCCCGUCCCAUGGAGUAUUUGCUGUCUCUUGUCAGUAGGGAUGAAAUUCUCUAUUCUGUUUGUGGGAAGAAAAAUUUCUCAAAAACCCGCUACAUGAUUGAUACAGAGCUAGACAAAAAAGUCUCGCUAGCAGAAUUAUGUCAGCCCAACUCCCCACUACUUGUGGAUAACUGUCUCAUACUGCAGAUAGCUCUCAAACCCGCUGAAUAGAAGGUUGAAAUUAUUGAAUGAAAAUCAGAAAAUGUAAAUAACGUAAGCAGAAUUUUAGGUAUUUUAGAACCUAGGUGGGUAAGCAUAUUUUGGGACUUAAGAAUCUAAAUGUGGAGCAUCCAAAAAAAAAUCAAGACAUUCCAAUUUUUACUUAAAGACUUGCAGAGUUUUACCCUCUGUCCUACAUUAUUUAAUGACAUUCCAUUUCAUAACUUCUUUAUGUUCAUACUUACCAUCAAACAACUUCACUUUAAAAAGUUAAAGCCUUGUAUUUGUAACCUGUAGAAAACUUAAACUAAAGAUAUUACUUACCCGAAACUGUCUUUUUUCUGUAGGCAUCUAGUCAUUUUAUCUCCAUGUAUAAGUGAAAUAGUCAGUGCAGUGUAUUUGCAGAUGUAGCUAUUGCUAUGUAUGUUCAUAUUGUGUAUUAGUUCUAACACCAGUUAUGAAAUGCUGUUAUAAAACACUUCAGUCGGCAUUUUAAUGUUGUAAUAUUUGGUAUUUUUAGCUCGACUAUUCGAAGAAUAGUCUAGCUAUUCUACUCACCCUGGCGUCGGCGUCGGCGUCACACCUUGGUUAAGUUUUUGCAUGCAAGUACAUACAGCCAUCAAUUAAAGGCAUAUAGCUUUGAAACUUAUUUUUUCUUUUUCUAGGUCAAUUACCAACCUAUCUGGGUCAAGUCCCAUAACUCUGACAUGUAUUUUGAGCAAAUUGUGCCCCCUUUUGGACUUAGAAAAUUUUGGUUAAAGUUUUACAUGCAAGUUACUAUCUCCACAACUAAUGCAGAUAUUGAUUUGAAACUUCACAUGUGUCUCUGGGGUUAUAAAACUAGUUGAUUGCAGCAAGUCCCAUAACUCUGACCUUCAUUUUGGCCAAAUAAUGCCCCCUUUUGGACUUAGAAAAUUCUGGUUAAAGUUUUGCGUGCAAGUAUAUACAGCUAUUUCUAAAAGGCAUAUAGAUUUGAAACUUAUUUUUUCUUUUUCUUGAUCAAUUACCAACCUCACUGGGUCAAGUCCCAUAACUCUGACAUGUAUUUUGAGCAAAUUAUGCCCCCUUUUAGACUUAGAAAAUUUUGGUUAAAGUUUUACAUGCAAGUUACUAUCUCCAAAACUAAUGCAGAUAUUGAUUUGAAACUUCACACGUGUCUUCUGGGUUAUAAAACUAGUUGAUAGCAUCAAGUCCCAUAACUCUGACUUUCAUUUUUGCCAAAUUAUGCCCCCUUUUGAACUUAGCAAAUUCUGGUUAAAGUUUUGCAUGCAAGUAGUAGUCAUAUAGCUAUUACUAAAAGGCAUAUAGAUUUGAAACUUAUUUUUUCUUUUUCUAGAUCAAUUACUUACCUCACUGGAUCAAGUCCCAUAACUCUUACAUGUAUUUUGAGCAAAUUAUUCCCCUUUUUGGACUUAGAAAAUUCUGGUUACAGUUUUGCGUGCAAGUACAUACAGCUAUUUCUAAAAGGCAUAUAGAUUUGAAACUUAUUUUUUCUUUUUCUGGAUCAAUUACCAACCUCACUGGGUCAAGUCCCAUAACUCUGACAUGUAUUUUGAGCAAAUUAUGCCCCCUUUUAGACUUAGAAAAUUUUGGUUAAAGUUUUACAUGCAAGUUACUAUCUCCAAAACUAAUGCAGAUAUUGAUUUGAAACUUCACACGUGUCUCUGGGGUUAUAAAACUAGUUGAUAGCAUCAAGUCCCAUAACUCUGACUUUCAUUUUUGCCAGAUUAUGCCCCCUUUUGAACUUAGCAAAUUCUGGUUAAAGUUUUGCGUGCAAGUACAUAUAGCUAUUACUAAAAGGCAUGUAGAUUUGAAACUUAUUUUUUCUUUUUCUAGAUCAAUUACUUACCUCACUGGAUCAAGUCCCAUAACUCUGGCAUGUAUUUUGGGCAAAUUAUACCCCUUUUUGGACUUUGAAAAUUCUGGUUAAAGUUUUACAUGCGAGUUUCUAUCUCCAAAACUAAUGCAGAUAUUGAAUUGAAGCUUCACAUGUGCCUUCGGGUUAUAAAACUAGUUGAUAGCAGCAAGUCCCAUAACUGAUAUGCAUUUUGGUUAAAUUUUACCCCCUUUUGAACUUAAAACUCACAUGUGCCUUCUAGUUAUAAAACUAGUUGAUAGCAGCAAGUCCCAUAACUGAUAUGCAUUUUGGUUAAAUUUUACCCCCUUUUGAACUUAAAACUCUUUUGAUAUUUCACCUUUUUGGGUAAUAUUUUCCUGCUUCUGGGACAAUAUUUCGAAUAGUCGAGCUUGGCUGUCUUAUGGACAGCUCUUGUUGUAUUGCUUUUAACGUCGCUAUAAAUGAAAAGACUUGUGUGGAAAUGGAAGAAUUAAGUUCUUACAUACAAAGAUAUAAUUAUGGAAACAUCAGCACUACAGCAAAUAGAAAUAGUCAAGCAUGCUGUCAUUUGACAGCUUUUGUUUUUAUUAGAAGUCUGAGACUUUGUUAUUUGUUUGUAUUUAAUUACACUGUAUAUCAGAUAUAAAGCCUGAAAAUAACUGCAAAAAUACCCAUAUUGUUGAAUUUGGAAGUUUUUUCAACUUUCUGUAAUAUUUUGAAUAAUAAGAGUUAGAUAUGUGUUAAGCACAGCCAGUUACAUAAUUAUCAUUGUCAGUUUGUGUUAUUUGACAAGCUGUUUAAAGAAUAAAUUUUGAUAAAUAAAUUUGAGAUGUUGAAAAAGACAAAAAUUAGCAGAAAACUGUUACAUCAUCUCUAUUUUAAUAACAUAUAUCAAUCUUUUUCCAAGAUUUUUGCCAGUUUAAAGCUAAACAAACGGUUCCUACGAAAAUCUGUCAUAUUGACUUACAGGAACACUACAGACAAAGUGAAAACUUCUGUCAUGGACAGUAUCAUGAAGACAUAUUUAUUUAUAUACAACCUUACAAUUUUUGUCGAGCCCACUUGCAGUGAGUUCAAUAUAGUCGUCACUUUCGGCAGGUUGGUGUAUGUGCAUGCAUGCGUCCGAUUUUGACAUGCAUGGACCAAUCUUGUUUAUAUUUGGAAUGAAUGUUUACCUCAGUGAGAAGGAGUGUCAUGUAAACCCCAUGUUCCUAUCUCAAAGGUCAAGGUCACAGUAGGAGGUCAAAGGUAAAAUUGAAGUUAUUCCGGAGCAUUUCUUCUUCAUGCAUGGUGGGAUUUUGAUGAAACUUGGCAUGAAUGUUCACCCUUAUGAGAUGGAGUGUCGUGCACAAGAACCAGAUCCCUAGGUCUAAGGUCAAGGUCACACUUGACAGCUGGCGGGCUCGACAUUCUGCCCAUGGCCAUACUUGUUAUAAGAUUAUCUUUUAUUUCCCAUUAACUGUCUCCUUUCAUUUACAAUCUCUAAACAAUAUGUGAUAUAAUCAGUACAGGGUUAGUAACACUUCUCAUGUUUCAAUGUAUUUUUUUAUUAAUACAUUCUGUGAGGGUUCCUGUGUGCACAGUGAAGGUGCUGGUAUUGAAUAUUGUUUAUGGAAUGUUAGGCUUAGUGAUCACUCAUUAAAUUGUUUUAAAGUUCACUGUUAAAGCAUUUUACUUUUUUUUAAUGGCAUGUUCUGGACUUAUUUUCGUGUUUCAGUCAACAUAUGUAUUUUAUUUCCAAAUUACUGUUCUAUGUGUAUACUGUGGAAUUUUGUUAACUGGAUGAAUGGUGCUGUUUUUGAUCUGUUAGUUAUAAAUACAUCUCAUUUUGGUGCUUUUUCAUUUUAUUGUAUAACAAAAAUAUCUUGUUUCUUUUCAAUGCUUUCAACGUUUCUGUUAAGGGAAAUGAUCUUUUAGGAAGUUUAGUAUUGUUUAAAUGCAGUUCCCAAAAAUGUGCAAGUUACAACAGCUCUUAAGUCACUCUUAAUGAUCUUUAAUUUCUGGGAUGGUAAUGUGUUGUUUGGUUAUUACACCAUUUACAGGUGCUAGAUUGAAGCUCCUUUUACAAAGUGACAAGGUGAGCUUUUGUGAUCGCGCAGCGUCUGUCGUCCGUCCGUCCGUGCGUCCGUCCGUGCGUAAACUUUUGCUUGUGACCACUCUAGAGGUCACAUUUUUCACGAGGUCUUUAUGAAAAUUGGUCAGAAUGUUCAUCUUGAUGAUAUCUAGGUCAAGUUCGAAACUGGGUCACGUGCGAUCAAAAACUAGGUCAGUAGGUCUAAAAAUAGAAAAACCUUGUGACCUCUCUAGAGGCCAUAUAUUUCAAAAGAUCUUCAUGAAAAUUGGUCAGAAUGUUCACCUUGAUGAUAUCUAGGUCAAGUUCGAAACUGGGUCACAUGCCUUCAAAAACUAGGUCAGUAGGUCAAAUAAUAGAAAAACCUUGUGACCUCUCUAAAGGCCAUAUUUUUCAUGGGAUCUGUAUGAAAGUUGGUCUGAAUGUUCAUCUUGAUGAUAUCUAGGUCAAGUUUGAAACUGGGUCACGUGCGGUCAAAAACUAGAUCAGUAGAUCUAAAAAUAGAAAAACCUUGUGACCUCUCUAGAGGCCAUACUUGUGAAUGGAUCUUCAUAAAAAUUAGUCAGAACGUUCAUCUUGAUGAUAUCUAGCUCAGGUUUGAAACUGGGUCACGUGCCAUCAAAAACUAGGUCAGUAGGUCUAAAAAUAGAAAAACCUUGUGACCUCUCUAGAGGCCACACUUGUGAAUGGAUCUUCAUAAAAAUUGGUCAGAAUGUUCAUCUUGAUGAUAUCUAGGUCAAAAUAUGAAAAUGGGUCACGUGCCAUCAAAAAAUAGGUCAGUAGGUCAAAUAAUGAAAAAACCUUGUGACCUCUCUAGAGGCCAUAUUUUUCAUUGGAUCUGUAUGAAAGUUGGUCUGAAUGUUUAUCUUGAUGAUAUAUAGGUCAAGUUUGAAACUGGGUCAACUGCGAUCAAAAACUAGGUCAGUUCGUCUUAAAAUAGAAAAACCUUGUGACCUCUCUAGAGGCCAUACCCUUGAAUGGAUCUUCAUGAAAAUUGGACAGAAUGUUCACCUUGAUGAUAUCUAGGUCAAGUUUGAAACUGGGUCACGUGCCAUCAAAAACUAGGUCAGUAGGUCAAAUAAUAAAAAAAUCUUAGGACCUUUCUAGAGGCCAUACUUUUCGUGGGAUCUGUAUGAAAGUUGGUCUGAAUGUUCAUCUUGAUGAUAUCUAGGUCCAGUUUGAAACUUGGUCAACUGCGGUCAAAAACUAGGUCAGUAGGUCUAAAAUUAGAAAAAUCUUUUGACCUCUCUAGAGGCCAUAUUUUUCAAUGGAUCUUCAUGAAAAUUGGUCUGAAUGUUCACCUUGAUGAUAUCUAGGUCAGUUUCGAAACUGGGUCACGUGCAGUCAAAAAUUAGGCCAGUAGGUAUAAAAACAGAAAAACCUUGUGACCUCUCUAGAGGCCAUAUUUUUCAUGAGAUCUUCAUGAAAAUUAGUGAGAAUGUUCACCUUGAUGAUAUCUAGGUCAAGUUCAAUACAGGGUCACGUACCUUCGAAAACUAGGUCAAUAGUUCAAAUAAUAGAAAAACCUUGUGACCUCUCUAGAGGCCAUAUUUUUCAAUGGAUCUUCAUGAAAAUUGGUCAGAAUUUUUAUCUUGAUGAUAUCUAGGUCAAGUUCAAAACUGGGUCACAUGAGCUCAAAAACUAGGUCACUAUGUCAAAUAAUAGAAAAAACGACGUCAUACUCAAAACUGGGUCAUGUGGGAACAGGUGAGCGAUUCAGGACCAUCAUGGUCCUCUUGUUUUUUUGCUAAUGAUCAACUCAAACUAUCAAAACAGUAAUUAUUAUCUUGCUACACUACAUGCAUUUGCAUGUAUAGGUCAAUAGAGUUGAAGAAAAGAAAAUCCCUUUAAAAAUCUUAUUCUCAUGAAUCGCUUGAUUGAUCCCAACUAAAUGUUGUCUUGAAAAGUCUGGUAGUGAACCUCAUUAUUUCAUUCAUAUGCACGGAAUCUGCAGCUAGGGCCACAUUUUCUGGCUCAUAUUUUUAUUACCCAUGAAAUUAAUUAAAUGUUAAACCAAAAUGUUUAGUCCUGCUUUGCACCAUGUAAUCGUUUUUUGUUUUUUUUGCUUUAUAGCCUAGAUUAAAUCAGAUCACAAUUUCCACCUUUCCUGUAAUGAAGCUUGGUCAAAAUUUUGCCUUUGACGAGUUAUCUAGAGUUGAAGAUUAGUUGGUAAGGUGAAAUCAUAAGAAUUAUUAAUAUUCAAGAGGCCAUAUUUGCUACCUGAUCAACAUAAAACCCUAUCAGCAUAAUUAUUUUCUUUAGUUUAUAAAAUGUAGUCCCAGUUUAAAACAAGAUCGUAUGGCGCCAAACUUAAGGUCAUAUCAUAGAAAAACUUUUAUCAACAUUCUGUAUGCUUCAUUUUUAUCCAAUUUACACAAAUUCUGCUCAUAUUGUUUAUUUGAGCCGUGCCAUGAGAAAACCAACAUAGUGGCUUUGUGACCAGCAUGGAUCCAGACCAGCCUGCGCAUCACGCAGUCUGGUCAGGAUCCAUACUGUUUGUUUAUGGUUUCUCCAAUUGCGAUAGGCUUUGAAAGCGAACAGCAUGGAUCCUGACCAGAUUGCGCAGAUGCGCAGGCUGGUCUGGAUCCAUGCUGGUGGCAAAGCCACUAUGCUGGUUUUCUCAUGGCGCGGCUUAUUUCUUUGAAAUCAAUAACUUACAACAUCUGGGUCACCUGGGAUCAAAAACUAGGUCACUAGGUUAUAUCAUAGAAAAAAACAUUGUUAGCAGGUGUUACUAAGAUUGUUCACAUUGUUUCAUUAGUAAAUAAGCAUGGCCUGUAGUACACAAGAGUUAACUUCCAUACGUGCUUUUAUACCACAAGCUGUGAAACUUGGGUGAGUGAUCUAGGAUUAUCAUGUCCCUCUUGUUUCUUGCUUCACAGGCAGACUUCAGAAUGUUCUUUAUCAUGCACAAGGUUGGGUAAUUUCUAAGACUGUAUCUUCAUAUAUCACAUUAACUCUUGUCUUACUAAUAUAGAUAAUUGUUACCAAAUUGCAUAGUACAUAUUUUGAAAUGUUAGAAGACAAGUUGAACAUUCCACUACUCCAACAUAUAAUUUGCAUAUGAUAUCAGUUUACAUUAUUUUUGUUUUACAUUACUUUAAUACACUGAUAUCCAAUGUAAAUGCAAUUACAUUCCAAUUAUAUAUUGAUUUUGUAGGUUCUUAAAACUAGCACUAAGUCUUAUUGAUUUUGUAGGUUCUUAAAACUAGCACGUAAGCAUUUAAUUAAUUGAAUUGAGGCGUUCAAAUGACCAACAUUGAUUAAUAUUUGGACAAUAAGAUUUCUGUUUGACUGAUAAUAUUGAAAAUGCUUAAGAAGACAAAAAGCUGGCAUUUAUAUUUGUUUUUACUUUAUUUCUUUAUGAAGUUAAUUCUUGUGAUCUGGAUACUGAAAGUUUCCAUCAUUUGUCCUUUACCUCUGAUUCAUGUAGGAAAGUUGGCAGUUACUUGUGGAGAACAGGUUUGUACUUGUACAGAAUCCAGGAAAAUUUGUUAGGUUUACUGCCCACAAGCUGUUACAUAACUUAAAUACUGUGUAAAACGGCAUUAAUUAAAACCAAAAAAACUUAUUUAAAUGUAUAUCUAAAAAGUAUUUUUACAGUGUUGACACAUGUUCACUUGCAUUAAUAUUCUUGAAGAAUGAACAUUAUAGUGCUUUUAUUUUAACUAAUUAUACUUAAUUUUAGCAUGGGUACAUGUAAUAUGGUACUGGAAGUGAUUAUGCUUGUUAAAUAGGUUACUUGUAAAAAUGAUUUACUUAAAAUAAAUAAACCCAAUAGGUUACUUGUAAAGAUGAUCUGCUUAAAAUGAAUAAACCCAUUAGGUUACUUGUUAGAUGAUCUACUUAAAAUGAAUAAACCCAAUAGGUUACUUGUAAAGAUGAUCUACUUAAAAUGAAUAAACCCAUUAGGUUACUUGUAUAGAUGAUCUACUUAAAAUGAAUAAACCCAUUAGGUUACUUGUAAAGAUGAUCUACUUAAAAUGAAUAAAACCAUUAGAAGUUCUCAGAUUCAUUUACUCUUUGCACUUUACAUGAUGUUUUUUCAGAUGUUUUAGUCUUCAGAUGUUUAUCAGCAACAUUUUAUGCAUAUUAAAUUUGAUAUUUGUGUUUAAAAUUCAUUGUUAAAAUUCUCCAUACAUUUUACUGAAGGCACAUGUUGUAUUUUCAUAAAUGACUGCAUUUAAACCUUUCCUUUUUAGUAAUUCCAUACUUGUUUUGGUUGUUAAUGUGUGCAAUAUUUUACCAUGUUAAGACUUCUUCUACACUUGUUUUGGCUUAUUUACUUAAUGUAGUAUUUACUGACACAAGAUUUAAACAUGAUUCCAUUUUCAUGUAAACUUGUUUUACAUAACUCAUUCUGGUAAUAAAUGUAGAUUUUGA